AUGGCUGCUCAAGGUGCUGCAGAGCAUGUUUAUGCUACGCUUCUUCUAAGCGAUUCCUAUCUUCCUGGCGCACUCGUUCUCGCUCACUCUCUUCGCGAUGCAGGAGCCAGUCGCAAGCUAGCAGUGUUGGUCACACUCGAUACCGUGUCCGCUGACUCCAUUACGCAGCUUAAGAGGGUCUACGACUAUAUCUUUCCUGUGCCGCGCAUUCGCAAUGACCACCCGGCCAAUCUGUACCUAAUGAACCGUGGCGACCUGCAUUCAGCGUUUACCAAGAUCAAUCUAUGGAAACUCACACAGUUUUCCAAGAUUGUCUACAUCGACGCUGAUGUGGUAGCAUAUCGAGCUCCUGACGAGCUUUUCGACACUCCCCAUCCCUUCGCAGCUGCCCCCGACAUUGGCUGGCCAGAUCUGUUCAACACUGGUGUCAUGGUUUUGGAACCCAAUAUGGGCGACUACUACGCUAUGGUUGCCAUGGCUGAGAGAGGAAUUUCCUUUGAUGGCGCCGACCAAGGCCUCAUCAACAUGCAUUUUGGUCAACGGUAUCAUCGAUUGAGCUUCACUUACAACGUCACACCAUCUGCGCACUACCAAUACGUUCCGGCGUAUCGACACUUCCAAUCAAGUAUUAAUAUGGUGCAUUUCAUCGGAUCCAACAAGCCAUGGUUCACUGGCCGAGACGCCCCUUCUGGCAACAACCCCUUCAGUGAGAUGACAGGACGAUGGUGGGCAGUCUACGAUAGGCAUUACCGACAUCAAGAAUCUUCUUCCGACAAUGCCUCUUCAACUCCUCAUCAUCUACCAGUGAACACCACAGCUCCGUUUCAGCUGAGGGCAGGCAUCAUUCAGCUUCAGGUCACGCACACCAUGCAUCUCAGGAGGAUCAAGGCUCAGGACAUCAUCACUCAGAAGGAUCUGGGCAGCAUGAAGGAUCGCAGCAUGAUGGCGGAUAUCGUGAUGGGUCAGGUUCUGGCUCGGCUCAUAAAGAUCACCAUCCUGUUCCUCCUGGUCGUCAGCCAGUCUCAGCUCCUGGGCAUCACCAUGAACAGCAUCACGGACAGCACGCUUCUGAACAUCAGCACCAUCACCACGAAGAACCAAAGAACGAGCCACCCCCGAUUACAAUGCAUGAUUGGGAUGCUCAGAGACACUGACUUUGCCAGACAUCCCCCUCCCGCUGACUCGAAACCCGAGGCUAUGAACUUUCCUUCCACUCAUUACGAAAUGUCACGCGAUACGGCCCCUUUCAUUCCGCCUGAACGAUACCCAAGUCCUCCAAAGAACAUGUGGUAUGAAGUGCCAAAGGAGAGGCCGGCUCCAAAAUCAAAGCCAGCUCCGGAGAUCUUUCCGUGGGAACACAACCGACCUCGCCCAACCAGAUCAUUCAUUGGGGAACCAGAACCACCGGCGCCUGAACCAGAGCCUACACCUGGGGAGUCCAGCUCAGACCCUAGCACAGGGUCUACAACACAGCUUUCAGUGACAACUGAAGGUCUUACAGAGUCUUCUGAGGUGACAGCAUCGGGAUCUGGGGCGAAGAACGAGUCGAAUAGAUCUACUCCAAUAGUGCAGAUUACCCCAUCAGACCCUUGGACGUCAUACACACGCACAAACGCCUGGGAUGAGGUGCCUGAGAUCGAGCGGUACGUUGAUCGUCUUCAUGGUGGUCAUCGACGUGGUAAGAGUUCGACCUCUACGAUAGGGCGUGUGAAGAGCCCAUCAACUGGUGCAUGGAGAGACGAUCGGAGCAAGUUUAAGAACCGCGGCCUGAAACUCACCGAUUUCCCGAGCGCUACAGAACGCCCCAGCUUGCCGGUCACACCGGCCCCAAUUCAUCGGCACUCGUUCUGGGCGGGAGACGACGGGGAACACGAGGACGAGGCAGCAAAGAAGCUUCCUGAGGCUGAAGGCGUGCCUACGCAGUCUGACUGGGAUCCGCUAGCACAGCUCCAGAAGCUUGCUAAGCAGCAAUCGGAUGCGUUGUUAAAGAAGCUCGGUGGCGAAGGAGACGAGGGUCAAGAAGGUGGAGCGGGUCGAGAGAUUCCAACACGUUCAUUACCCUUUGGUUCGGGUGAUGCCAAGUCACCUACCUACGUCGCGCAGUCUGCUGCAGGCGUGCUCAGCCCACAGCCGGUGAAAGGCGAAAGGUCGGCGGGCAUCUUGCGUGACAUGAGUAGUGGCCGUCUCGAACCUGAAUCGCUGUCGCAAUCGACUACGAUUCCCGAGCCGAGCUAUACCGGGCCUGGCGCUGCCUAG